AUGUGUACCAAGCAAGAAGUCCGUGUGCAGUUGUUGUCGGCAUUCUUCUUCGUAGCUGCACUUUCUUACCAAGACGUUGAAGGUAUAAAAGAGAAUAUUCAUCUCUGUAUUUUGUUUUUACACUUAUUUUUAUUAUUUUUACUUUUUUGUAUUUCCCAGCGCUGAGUAUCAAAACUGGAAUAUGCAAGGUCACCAUUACUACUCCUGGUCUGUUUGCGUGUGAAAAGGUUUCCUUUGAGAAGCCUUUCAAUGGCGGGCAGGAUGUGAAAGUUUUCGUUUCCAAAAGCCACACAACAAAGUGUUAUGGUGGUGGAGAUGGCGCGGCUAUUUGGGUGGAAUCUGUGGAUAAUAAAGAAUUUACAGUUUGUGUUUUGGAGUACGGAGAUGGUUCUAGUGGGACUGCGAAAGUGAACUGGAUGGCGCUGCAAUCUGUUCCCGUUGGCGCUCAACUAGACACAGUCUCGUUGGAUUCUUGGACUACUGGAGAAAAGUGUAAAAGGAUCGCCUUUGAAAAGGUUACCUCUGUUUCCCCUUGCGUUUUCGUUAAGUUAAUAGUUCUUACUCAUUUACUAGGUAUUUCUGUUUGCUCAAACCUAGACACAAGAUUUCACUACGUCAUUUUUUAAGCUUUGCUUGACUAAGUGGCUUUAACUUCCUCUUUAUUUAUUUAGCUCGUAGGAGCUGCAGACUUUCCAUUUGUAGUCCUCCUUAUAUCUUUAAGUCAUGCCAUAUAACAUUGUUGCAUCAUAAAAUACGAUUCUUUAUUUGUUUACCAAGAUCUGAUAUAUAUUGCUACCUCUAUUUUCUUCCAUCAAAGUUAUCUUGCAAUCUGUCCUCCACUUUUUUUGAUCAUUUCAAUUUUUUUUUAUUUACAUUAACACAUCUUUAAAGAGGUUUAACAAUCUUCAUAUUUUUGCUAAUUUUUGCUCUAAAAAAUUUAGUGAGAAAGUCUAUAUUUCGAUUCCUUUUGUGACUACGUUGCCAAGUUCAUGAUUAUCAUUUUAUUUGCUGAUUUGCAAAUUCUGUGUUUAUUUCGUAAAACUGUUCUUAGUUUUUCAUCUGCACUAGGAAAUUCCAUCCAAUUUGCUUCUUUCAAGUUCAAAAUGAUUUUUUCUAUCACACUUCCAUCGUUUUAUAUCAUACCCUUGUUUGUUUGAAAGAUAAAUGUAAUUGAUUAUUUAUUUCCUUCUCUUUUACUUUUUCAGCGUUUCUCAAUUCCUCCGAGCAUCUACGUAACAGCUCGUCACCAAAUUCUCAAGAGACCUCAGGACGCCUUGGCAUUGUGGGUAGAGGAUGUACGCAGAGACAGUUUUAAGGUUUGCCUCAGGGAAACUAAGAUUUUUGAUGGUCUGCAUAAAAACAUCAAGGUGGUAAGUGAAUUCCUUUUGUUACCUGUAACAUGUUUGAAAGUAGACUCACGCGACAACCAAGCGGUUCCUCCCUUGCUGCAACUUACAGGGGCUGUGCCCUAGCAGAACCCAGUUGCCUCUGAGCUCUACCUUUGCUCUAUGCCUACUAGGAAAUCGUAGCUUUUUUCAUCCUAUCCUAGAUCCUAUGUUGGGUACCCUAUGUUGGGUACCCUGUGAUUUACACAGGUUCAGAGCAAUGGGCUCCCAGUCUCUUAGAAACAACCUUGACUUGAGAAAGAAUAUAUUGAUAACAUUGUUAACACUUUUUCACUUGUCCUUCAGGACUGGAUAGCAUUUGUUAAGCUGAUGACGCUGAAUUCUACCUUGAUCCAUGGCCUUGUAACAACAAAGAAUAACUCACCACUAAACAAGCAACAAAGCAAGGCCCUCUGUCAGGUAAAGUAACUAAUAAACUAUACUGUUUUGGUUUCUCAGUCACUUAUAUUCAUAAACAGAAAAUAUCGUCAACUAUACUAUUUAAACAACAUAUUAUCGUCAACUAUUUAGACAACAUAUAUCAUAUACCGCAUAUGUGUAGAAAAACUUAAUAACGCUGAUUCUUUUCUUGUUUUUUUAUAGAUAAUAAAGUUCACUGAUGCUUUCUAUGCCCCUCCGAUAGUAAUGGUUUCACCAAGACUCAGUUACCAUAACAACAACUCCCGUUUCUAGGCUUCUGGAACUUGUAACGCAGUUACUGUGUGGAUUCAG